CAGUUCCUUGCCAAAGCCCAAAGAGCGCACACACGCAACUCAGCAGUGCGCCUGUGCUUCGAGGGAUGGCUGAGGACUACACACUCCGUCCUCACUGAGGCACACACACGUCUGUCGAGACAGCAGGUCUGGGUUUGGAUGCAGGGACAAUCCUGACUGGAUUUAAUAGGACAAAAUGCGGAGUCCGGAGGCGACAGUGUGGCCGCGGUGCGCCGUCGGUGCACAGUAAGGAGCGAGUGACGGGUCGGUGUGAAUAAUGUCUGGAGCUGCUGAGUGUGUGUGCAGAGCUACUGACUGGGAAAGUUGAUUGUCGGUUGUUUGGAUCUGAGACAAGAUGCAUCUGUUUCGGAGUCACCAUUACCAAGUGUUCCCGGACCGCUCCUCCGUGGAGACACCGACCAUACGAGGCAUCAGCUGGACUCCGCUGCCGGAGGCCCUCAAUUCAAAGGACACUAUGAAGCAGUUUCUUUCAGAUCGUGUUGUAAAGGCAGUGAGAUCAGUGUAUAGUGUCAUGAUCGAGAGGAACCCUGGACUGAUCCGAGAUAGAAAGUAUCACCUCAAAACAUACAGACAGUGUUGUUCUGGUAAAGAACUUGUUGACUGGCUGAUGAAACAAAAUGACUGCCUGCAAUCAAGAAGCCAGGCAGUUGGGAUGUGGCAGGUCUUGGUGGAUGAAGGAAUUCUUGUCCAUGUGAAACAUGAGUUGAACUUCCACGACAAGGACACCCAGUUCUACCGCUUCCAGGACUCUGAGUUCGGCCUGAGCCACACAACAAAUGAGAAGGACUUGGAGGACGAGCUGCAGGAGGGUCUGUCGCUGCUGUCUCAGCUCGGUCCUGACGCUCUGCUCACUAUGAUUCUACGCAAAUGCCCCAGUCACAGGAGUGCCGAGGACCUGGAGGUCAUCUACGAGGAGCUGCUCCAUGUCAAGGCUGCAGCUCAUCUCUCCACCUCAGUGCGUAAGGAGCUGGCAGCGGUGCUGGUCUUUGAAUCACAUGCCAAGGCCGGAACAGUCUUGUUCAGUCAGGGGGACAAAGGCACUUCUUGGUACAUCAUCUGGAAAGGCUCUGUAAAUGUGAUCACACAUGGGAAGGGCCUGGUCACCACACUACAUGAGGGGGAGGACUUUGGGCAGCUAGCUUUGCUGAAUGAUGCACCUCGGGCUGCCACCAUCAUCUUGAGAGAAGACAACUGCCAUUUCCUCCGUGUUGACAAACAGGACUUUAUACGCAUCCUCAAGGAUGUUGAAGCUAACACGGUGCGACUGGAAGAGCAUGGGAAAACUGUGCUGGUGUUGGAGAAGAGCAGCGAUCGGGCCGAGCAGGGAGGAGCAGGAAACAACAGCAAGUACACCGUUAUGUCAGGAACACCUGAGAAAAUCCUGGAGCACCUAUUGGAAACAGUAAAGUUGGACUCUAAUGGAAAUGACGCAAUAGAUCCCUGUGUGAGCGACUUCUUGCUCACCCAUAAAGUCUUCAUGCCCUCCAACCAGCUGUGUCUCGCACUACAGCACCAGUAUCAUGCGGAGCUCUCUGAGGGUUCAGAUCAGGAGAAGGCUUCCUACAUUCUCACCACCAAGCAGAAGGUAGUGAAGCUGAUUGGCCAGUGGGUGGCGCUGUAUGGCCUCCUGCUGAAAGAAGACCCCAUUGCUAUGGACGCUCUGGAGAAGUUGAAGACGGAGGUGGCAGGAGAUAUUCGUCUGUCCAGCAUGCUGAAAGACCAAUUUCGGGAAAGGAGGAGAACAAAAGUAAUGGAGAAUGGAUAUCAGUCACUGAGCAGGAACCAGCAGUUUGAUUGGUUUUCAAACUGUGAGGAGCAAGUGGGGAGGUUACAGCCAAUCAGAGCACAAGAUAAAGUGCUGUAUGAGAUCUACAGGCCAGACAACAAACCUCUCACUCUGAUGCUCCCGGUGAACACAUCUGUGCAGGAUGUGAUGUCAGCGAUAGUCAAACCUGGCGGAGAUCACAUCCUGGUCAAAAUGAACUCAGCGGGAGAGAGAGCUCAGUUGAAGCUGGAUGCGACUGCAGUCUACACAGCUCUGGGACUCAACGAGAGACUGUUCAUCUGCACAAGCAGCCAAGUGGAACAGCUGAUGCCCCUGAAGGAGCAGCAGGGUCCAGAGCGAGGAACAACUGACAUCCUCGAACAGAUGGGCUCUAAAGACACCGCCAAUGAACUCACCAACUAUGACUGGGAACUGUUCACUGCCAUGCAUGAGGUGGAGCUUGUCUACUACGUAUUCGGCCGUCAUAAGUUCCCAGGUGCCAUCACAGCUAACCUGGAGCGGUUCGUGCGUCGCUUCAACGAGGUGCAGUACUGGGUGGUGACGGAGCUGUGCCUCUGUGAGGACCUGGUGAAACGAGCCAUCCUGCUCAAGAAGUUCAUAAAGAUUGCUGCAGUAUUAAAGGAGCAGAAGAAUCUGAAUUCAUUCUUUGCUGUGAUGUUUGGUUUGAGCAACAGUGCAGUACACAGGCUCUACAAGACCUGGGAGAGAAUACCCAGCAAGACAAAAAGAAUUUACUGUGCUUAUGAGAGGUUGAUGGAUCCUUCACGCAACCACAGGGCCUACAGACUGGCUGUGGCCAAACUCAGUCCUCCCUAUAUCCCCUUCAUGCCUCUGCUGCUCAAAGACAUGACCUUCAUCAAUGAGGGAAAUCCAAACUACGUAGACAAAUUGGUCAAUUUUGAGAAAGUGCGCAUGAUUGCCAAGACAGUGAAGAUUGUACGAGGAUGCAGAAGCCAGCCGUACGUGGCGUCGUCUCCACAGAGGGGCCUGGCAGAUCGGAUGUUUCUGGAAGGGCCUGCUACUCGCAUAUCAACAUACUCAGACUACGCCCUCCCUCUGCGGAGUCCCUGCAACAUCCGGCACUACAUUCAGAACCUGAAAGUGAUCGACAACCAGCGCAAGCUAACGCAGCUAUCAAGGACAAUAGAAUGCUAGGACAUCAACGCGCAUAUGUACAGAGACUGCAAAACUGUAGCGCAAAACUGAACCGCAGAAAGAACUGCAGCUGGAUGAACAAAACUUCCACAGUCACUUAAUUAAGAUGGAUGUCUGGAGGCACUGAGUGCUGUGGAGUCACUUUAAUUCAAGGAGCUUGGACAUUGAUGGAUAACCCAGCACAGCAUCAAGAGUGAAAAUGUGCUGCGUGCACAGUAAUAACCUCUAAUGAUGAACUAGGGAAUCCAAUUCUGUGACUUGUGGGACACUUUUUUUAUUCAAAACGCCUUACAGCCAUGCAUGUGCCACAGUGGAGACUGAUCCCCUCACAAAGGAAAUGUUACAACAUCCACAGCUUAACUGACUUUGGUGUAAAAACUCAUUUAUGUGACACUUUGUAUACUGCUGUCUGUGGAAGAAUCACUCUGCUGGUUCCACUAAAGGGCCACGAGAACACAUACUAUCUUUGCCUUAGUUUGUCACUUGCGGUCAGUUUUUCGUGCACUUGUAUUUUCACAUUAAAACUGAUAUAUUGUAUCAGAUCAUUUUUUGGCAACGUGGCCACUAACUGACAUGCAUAUAAUUUCAUACAAUGUUGUUUUAUAAAUAAAUUAUUUUCUCAGUUAUGUGUAUUGAAUGAAAGCACAAGUGUCUGUAAAAAGGGAAAUAUUUUAUUUAAAAGUACAAACCAUAACAGGUAAAAAUUGACCUUCAGAGACCCCCCCCUGACAAAAAUGUUCUCCCCAAUAUGGGGUGAAAAAAAUUCACAACAAAUCAGUUAUCCUUUCAAUUCAAAAAUACUCUCCUUGUCAUAAAUAUGUACAACUUCUUGUAUGAAGUCCUGGAGAGUGAAAAUGGGCUAAGACGGGAAAAAAGAAAAGAAAACCCAGUGCCUUCUCCGAAUGUAACCAUGGAGGAAGUAGUAAAAUGAUCCCCUGUCAUUAUAAAUAAUGGGUUGAAAUGUUCAGUAAAGAACAGACAAUGUUAACCGUUUUAAAUCAACUACCAUAUGGGGAUUUUGCGGACCAUCUGACAAAUUAUAAAUCACUAGCCAAUAAGAGGGAGCAUAUGAAAAGAUUGUGAUGAUGCAAACAAAUGUUAACCACGUGUUUAGUACAAUGUUGGUGUUUGGACAGGUGCAAUAGCAGAGCACAUAAAUUAUCAAACUAUGUCAACAUACCUGAGCUCAACUCAGAUAUGCUCUGGUGUUUCUUUGUCAGUCUGUGGCAUAAAAAAAAUCUGCACGAUCAAGAAAAGAAGUGGUCCAGCGAUGAAGUGGUGAGUAUAACAAAAAAAAGUUUCACACUUUAAGUGUGUUUAGUGAGAAAGCAAGUGAAGGUGAAAAGCCAGAACCUCACAAAGGGUUUAGUGUGUGUGCUUAUCACAUACUCUGACACAAAAAGUCCUGGUUUGUCACAACUCAGUCACAAAAUAAAACAUAACCCAAAAGAAAGCACUGUAAUAUUAAAAAAAAAAAGGGUGAAUAUAAAUAUUGCACUUCCAAACAACAUUUAGUUCCCAGUGCCUAGCUGUUAUCCCUUUGUUAGAGGUACAAGACAUCCUGCCUUAUAGUCAUUUUUGGGGAUUUACAAUGAGGGUGUGUGAACUGCUGCAAUGCAGUUACACAAACCAUCCUGAGCAGACUGUAUUGAUGCUAUCAUGUCUAAUAUAUGAGAGAUACUGUGUCGAUUUUCAGCCAGCUUUGUUUAGAUAAUAUGUAAAUAAAAUGUGGUAAACAUUCCUCCAUCUUAGGGCAAAUAUCUCCCUGCUGGCUCUAAGGCUGCUGCUCAAACUACAGGUUCUGCAAUUUCCUAUGUUUGGUAAGUUGCCACUAUGUCACAAGGAGUAUGGAAGAGGAUCAAGAGAAUAACCC